CGCGGAGUCCGUCGCGAGAGACACACGUUGUAUUACGUUGUACCGCGACUGCCGACCGGUUCGUUCUGCCCUGUGUAUCUAUGCCCUGUGUUAUAACUCUGAAAGUACGUAAAUAUCACAUUAACUAGCCAGUGUUGCAAGUGCAGCUUCCAGUGAGUUCGGAGCCGCAUCACACGAGUGCGUAUCGUAAACGCUUCUAGUGAUAGUCGGAUCGGAGUUGCAUUCUGCAGGGCGCAACGGUGUGAACCAGUGUGUUGAAACAGCAUGUAGCUAGCAGUCGGUGGUUCCAAGUGAUUUCUUUAUCGGACAUGAUGACGGAUUUCGACGACAGGGCGGUGGACGACGACGUCGGGUACGAAUACGACACGACCAAGAUUCCUGAAAUCGUGACCCCGGAUGAUAUGAACGAGUCUGGGUACCAGGAAGGGUCGGAGCAGAGUUAUGGAGAGAGGAGAGAUUCGAAGGAAGGUUUUGGGGGAGAGGGUGAUUCAGACAGUGGUGUGGACGGGGUAAGCAGUGGGUGCAGUACGGCGGAUGACUGUCCAGUGGUGUCGAUCAAUGAUGUUGUGGCGUACUACGAUGAUCUCCGCCCGAGGAGGCGGCAUGCUCCGCAGCUCAAUUUCUACAACGUGGAUAUCGAGAGGAUGGCUAUGGAUGCUGUGGCUCAGAGCGAGUCGAGCUAUUCGCCAUCGGAGGAUGGAUGCGGCGAGCGGCAUGCUGUGCUGUCGUAUGAGCAGGUGCGGCGACUUAACGACGUGAUGGACGAGGUGGUGCCUAUCCAUGGGCGCGGCAACUUCCCCACACUGCACGUGCGUCUGCGCGAGCUGGUAGCGGGCGUGCGAGCGCGACUUGAGGCCGCUGUUAGCGUAGGCGGCGCGGGCGUAGUCGUGCGCGACGUGCGCCUAAAUGGCGGCGCGGCCUCCCACGUGCUUGCUGACCGCCCUCAGCCAUACUCUGAUAUCGAUUUAAUCUUCACGGCCGAGCUGCCUACAGCGCGUCACUGCGACCGCGUUAAGGCGGCCGUGCUUCAGCAUCUUGCUACACUGUUGCCGCCGGCCACACCGCGCCGUCGAGCCAGCCCUGCCGGACUGAAAGAAGCGUAUGUCACUAAGAUGGUGCGCGUCAACUCUGAUGGCGACCGCUGGUCACUAAUAUCGUUGGGCAAUUCACGCGGGCACAAAUCCGUAGAACUCAAGUUUGUCGACACGAUGCGCCGUCAGUUCGAGUUUUCGGUAGACUCGUUCCAGAUUGCCCUCGACUCUCUUCUCGCAUUUCAUGAGUGCGCGCAGUUACCGAUCGGAGAGAACUUCUACCCAACUGUGGUCGGCGAGUCAGUAUACGGCGAUUUUCACGAGGCGUUGCAACACCUCUCUGAGAAGCUGAUAGCGACGCGUCAGCCGGAAGAGAUCCGCGGCGGCGGCCUUCUUAAAUAUUGCGCGCUGCUUGCCAAGGCAUAUCGACCGGCGCGACCAGAUAAAAUCAAAACGCUAGAGCGCUACAUGUGCUCGCGGUUCUUUAUUGACUUUCCCGAGCUCGGUCAGCAGCGCGCUAAGCUCGAGGCUUACCUACGGAAUCACUUUGUGGGCCCCGAGGAGGAAGCACUCAAACACAGAUACCUAACCCUGCUGCACGGCGUGGUGCGCGAGUCGACCGUGUGCCUGAUGGGGCACGAACGACGGCAGACGCUGGCGUUGAUCGAGGCGCUGGCGUGUCGCGAGUUGUGCGCACGUGCACCUCUGUUCUUGGCUCCACCGCCGCCACCACCCGGUUACUACGUGUGCGUGUGCGCGGCUUGCGCUGCAUGUGCUGCGUGUGCCGCCGCCGCCAGCGCCGCAGCGCAGGUCUGCUGCGAAUGCUGCCGUGGCGCGCUGCCGCCUAUGCCCAUGCCCGCGCACGCGCCGGCGUGACCACACUAGGCGCGCGACGCGGUCGCCGGCCGACAGGCGUGAUUCUCCCCCUAUCGAUCGAUGAAUUUAGUGCCAAAUGUAUAUAAUACGAGUAAAAAUAUAUGUAUAUAUAUGAUUCGCUCUCCUAGGUGUGACUGUAUAUAGAGUUUCGCGGUCCGCUUCGUAUUCUUGGCUGGAUUAUAUUGUAAUUUUAGUCGACAAAAAAAAUAUUAAAAGAGAAACGUCGAAGCGAAAAAAGACAGGCCGGUAGACUUAAGUUUCAAAGGCGCGUGCACGCCGCUGACAAACGCGUAGUGGAGACAAUUCACUCGGUGUCAAUUCGAGUUGCUCACUUUACCCAGAUCAAUUGUGGGUCGUCAAUAGGCGCAGCGGGACAGUACACCGCAGCACCACCCAUCGCCAAUUAUAUUGAAUAGGACGUUAGCUAGAGCCAUAAGGAGCGUGCGAUACGUCCAGGCGGAGCUCACUAGAUCGAUGCGUGGAAUAAUUUCUAGUCGUACUCCUUUCGUGUUGAUAAGUUAAUAUGUUAGCAGUACGAAAAUUAUUAUUCACGUUAAAAAGUUAGGGAGUAAGUCUGAGUCGAUGGUCUGCCUAUGAAAAAGACUAGUUAGUUACGUUUAAGCUUUUAUUGUACUAUAGAAAUUGUCUCCAUAAAAUAGUGGCAUGUCUCACAAGACAGAAGGAGGCGUAGGAUGCGGAAUGGGAACAGACUGCAAUUGGAAAGAUGUAGCACAUGUCUGAAGUAAUUAGAAAGUAGAUAAAACAACUCCGGCCUUGUCCGAUGGCCUUUACGCGAGAAAUUCCGUUCUUUUAUAGUUUUUAUUGCGCCGUUGUGUAGCGCGCUGGCCACAGCCCUUGGCCAGGAGCGCCCAAAACGAAUACAUAUUUUACUAUAGAGUAUUUUAUAUAACUUAAAGAUGUACUGUGUAUACAAUUUUCCUCUCUCGUGAUCGCUCUAGUAUUGUAUACGGCUUGGCGUACGAAGUAACAAACUAAGAUUAAAUAUAAAACAAGAAAAAAAAUAAAAAACAAAAAAAAAAUUGUUAAACUAAGGUGUGUACAAUAUUAAAGUCACUCUUGUUAAUUAUAAAUCAUAUAUAAAUAUUUUAAGAACAUUUACAAGUAGCGAAAUCAUUGUAACUGAGUACUUAUGAAUAUGUUUUUUAACUCCUAACAUCUCAUCAAUUACAGUUUGUAUAAAAGCAGUAAAUGUUAUGACAAAAUGUGAUUUAAUUGUUGUAGAGUUAACCUGUUGUCGAAGAAUAUUAUACACUUACAUAACAUUAUUAUGUAGAUUAAAUCCAAUAGAGAGAUAUACUAUUACUGUUGUAUUUUAAUGAGAUAUAGCUAUUAUAAACGACCGUAUAAACAUUGUCCGGCCAAAAUGUGCAUGUUUUAGAUAUUUGCCAAUGCAUAUUCAAGAUAAACUAUAUUUAUACAAAAGUAUUGCAUGGAAGUCUAUUAGGGCUUGUACUAAACAAUGUUGUUACGAUAUAGUCUAUAUUUUUGGUAGUUUGUAUAUCCGGAGUGAUUAAGUACAAUCCGUUUUUAGUUAUCUUAUACUUCGGAACAAUUAACGAGUUUAUUAUGAACGAAUUUCCGAUUUGCUCACUGUCGAACCAAAAUUUAAGAUCUCAUUUUUUUACUUUGUCUGACAAUUUUACGGGAAUUCAGAACUUUUUCCGAGUAUCGUGGCUGCGCCUGUGGUUGUUUUUAAAUACUACACAACUGCAUUCCCACCACCCUAAAUUUUACCACAUGGUAAAAUGCUACGUUUCAUCCAACUUCUAAAUUCUUGCCAGUAACUAUGUCUCUAACUCUGAUUUAAAGCUUACAGUAUUUGCUGAAGAGCCAAAAACACUAAUUAUAUUCUUAACUCUUACAUAAAUUAUUAUUUUUGUUACUGCAACAUUUGUUUCUUGUAAGUAGUCAUUAUACGUUAUGGAUGAAACCACAAAACUUCAGAUGGCCCUAGAACUAAAGUAUAUUUCGCAAUCGUCUGUACUUAGAUUUAAAUGAAGUACAUAAUGUUAGCUGAUCUUAACUAUAUUCCAUUUCUAAUAAUAGUGAAUGUAAGUUAAUUAUCACUAGUUCUACUUUCCACAUCGAGGCAGGCGUCUAAAUUGUGAUUUGUAGUCUUUUCGACACUAUUUUAUUGUCAUCUUUAUUGUCUUGUAAUUAUUAUAAAUAACUGUGAUUGUUAUAUCUAUAAUGUAGAUCAGCUAUUGGCAGAAUUUAAUAUAUACCUCCUCGCGUGGAUUAAAUGUUCGGUAUUCGAAUGUGUAUAUUUUGUGAUUUUUCUUCGAUAUAACUGUAUAGACUGAGAAAUAAAGUGAGUAGACGAGUAUUACAGUCACUACAGUAUAAUCAUGUUGAUUUGUUGCUGAGACAGAACUUGUCUAUUUAAUUAAUUAGACGGAGAUAACGCUUCAUCGGCUAAGGUGUGUGUUGACUGGAUCUUCUCCAAAUAGUCAAUUAAUCAUGGCGGAUGAAACUAUCUCCAUACUUGUCUAUUCAAGCUCUUCCAAUCUGUACAACGUUUUUUGUGACCAAUCGCUUCCAAUUACGGUCUAAAUAAUAUUAAAAAUAAUACAAGUGUUUCGGAAAGAAACAAGAGAGACAUUGCAAUGUAGUUUAGGGUUUUAUUUUUCUAAAGUUACCAUCAGUUUUCAGCUAGCCUUAUUUUAUAAUGUUAAAUUUUUUUUAUAUAGUAUAUUUUUUUCACUGGUCAGGGCGCUUGCGUGUUAUGAUUGGUUGUAUUUCUAUAUGUAUAUAUUGGAAGUGUAGCAGAGGAUGUGGAGUGUUAAAGUAGAAAUAUACAUUUUCUUUGUUCUAGUUGUCAACGUUAAAAAUAGCACUAGCAAAGUUUAUUGAGCCAAAAAUUGCGGAUAUUUUAAAAACUAAAGUUAGUUUAAAGUAGCGUUUUGGAGUGAAUAAUUUUUCUGUACUUACCUAAUGAUAAAACGUUGUUCGAAGCAAGGUUCAAAUUUAUGCGUUUUAGAAUAAUCCAAUCCAAUUCAGUCUUAAAUAAUUUCAAGACUGAAUCUCUUGAGGUAAACAAAUUGGUUUACCUCAAGAAAUUGCUUAGAAAAACAAUAACGGGAUUUCAAAUGAUGGUUUUACGAAACGCUGAACAGAUCUGACUAAUACUAAACAUCAUAAUAGUAAUGAUGUUCUUUAUAGUGGAUGUUACUUUUGGCGGUGUUACGCAAUCUUUCUCUAAAUCUUUAAACUCUAAAAGUUUGAACACUGAUAAAAUUAAGCAGAAACACACAAUUUUAAUCGUAACAUUAAUUGUAAUUUACAAUUAAAUUUAGCAAAAAUUUUAACAAAACAUCGACAGUUACAAUGAACACUCAACUGUUACACAAGUAAAAUCUUUUGUGUAAGUUUUUUAAUGCAUUUACAAUAAAUACAAAGUCCUAUAAUAAUAGAUUCAACUACGUAUGCUUGUGUACAUCUAUAAAUAUGUACAAUGUAUUCAUAGUAUGAGAGUACAUUGCAUUAAAGAAAAAGAAAGAAUGCUGUGUAAAACACAGUAUGAUGUGGAAAUAACGGAUACUUGAAGCAUUUACUCUAGAUAAAGAUCUUUACAUUAUCCGUAGACGAGAGCCGAUUUUGCUACAGCCAAGUGACGCUAACUAGAAGAUAAAUUGCACAUAGAAUUUGUCUUGCCAGUUAGUCUUAAAGUAUUCAACUUGAUCGUAGCAAAUUAACUCUUUGAAAGUCAUAAUAGUAUUUAAUUUGUAUAGUUAUGUAAAACACGCAAGCGCCAAAAUGAAAGCAUGGUUUCAAAAACUCGAUGGUUAUGAGCAACAACUGUGUAGCAGUACGUAAAAGUAAUUGAAUUCUACAAAGUGUAUAAAUAAAAUCAAAUUAGUGUUAGUCCGUUGCAUAUGUUCCGUUAGGACACAUAUGGCGUAGCAGACCCAUCUGUACUCGCAAACAACAUUAUGCAUCCAAAUGAAAUACGUUUUCAAUUGAAAAUCGAAUCUACUUAUGUAAAUGUGUCUUUAUUUUCAAAGCAUUUUAGUAUUGUAACAGCUGAUACUGUGCGUUGUUUUGACUAUACUUUGGAAUUUAAUUAUCGAUUUUUUUCUAUCAAUGAAACAGAGACUUUUCAAUAUAUAAUUCAGGUAAAUUGGAAAACCUUCCUUAACUACAAGACACGAUAAGUAGACACGGAACAAUUGUUAAAUCGUACUUUAAACAGGACGUAUCAAUUUCUAUGGGUUAUACUACAAUGAAGGAACAUACGGUCUACUAUGUUGGUGAAUUUCAGUACCUAUGAUCAGGGCAGAAAAAUAGCAAAGCGUAAAAAUAGUAAAAAUAGCAAAAAUAGCGACCAUUUUUUAUUGACGACUGUUUAUUACUCUUGACUACAAUUAUAAUAGAUUUUAGCCUAAAACUUAGUGAUCGGUAAAAUUUUUUUAAGUGGUAUCAGUACUUUGUGAUCUUAUCUUGAGAUUUUAAACAAGUAUAUUCACGACAAAACAGUAUAAUUGUUGUUCAUCUUGCCUAAGAAUUGUGUGAAACCAUGUUAUGCCGUCUGCGCCGCUCAUAUGUUAAUGCGAGCAUUCGGCAUUCCGACUCUCUAGUGUAGGGGAUACUAGGUAUAACGCCUUACGUUAUAAUAAGCUUAUUGUUAGCUUUUAUCAAAUAUAUUUACAUGGUAGUUAUUAUUUCCUCUUCCGAGUUGCCUGUUACUUGGUAUGAAGCGCCCGUACGCUGUUGUUGCGAAAAGAAAAUUUAAGUAUAAAUUUUGUGAGGACUUUUAAGCUAUUGUAAAUUUUACAGAAAAUUAAAUAAAAAUGUUGUGAAAAUAAAUUAUAAAAAAGUGAUAUAAACAGUGAA